AAAAAAACUUCUCAUCUAUUUUUCUUUAUCUCCAUCUCUUUCUCUCCCUCUUGAUUGCAAAACAGAGUGUGCAUGAUUGAGCUUUUAGCUAAUGGAAUUAGAGCCAUUCAUUCUAUAAAGCUUUGGGAGGAGGGGCUAGAGACUAUGAGAAAGGAGCUAUCUUUCUAUCUUUCCAUCUCUCUCUCUCUCUCUCUCUCUCUCUCUCUUUUCAUCCAUGUAUGUGAUAAAGCUUAGUGAAAGUGCUUUCUUUUUAUGAAGCUUGUUUCAUCCAUGAAAGUGCUAAGCUUUAGGAAGUAGAAACUAGGAUAAAGGAGCUCUCUUUUUUUGUUGUUUUUCUCUCUUGAUCCCUUCAUGAAAGUAUUAAGCUUUGAGAGCUAGAGAUUUGGAGAAAGGAGCUCUCUUUCUCUCUAUUGAUCCAUAUAUGAAAGGGCUUUGUUUUGGGAAAUAGAGAUUAGGAGAAAAGAGCUCUCUUUUUCUUUUUUUUCUCUUAAUCCAUCAUGCAAGUGCUAAGCUUUGGGAACCAAAGUUUUGUAGAAAGGAGCUGUCUUUUUCUCCUUUCCCUUAAUCCAUUCAUGUAAGUACUAAGCUUUGGGAACUAGAUAUUUGGAGAAAGGAGCUCUCUCUCUCUCUCUCUCUCUCUCUUGGUAGUUUGGAAGAAUAGGGGGAGGAGAUGGAUCCAGACCUUGAAAAGACUCCACCUUUCCUUAUCCACAAGACUUAUUAUUCUCACCUUUGAAUUCCAAAGGGGUGGUGAAUAAGUGAAGCCAAAUCAAACAGCAAGGAAUCCAGGUUGAAAUGUACUGCUUGUCAAUGAGGAUUUUAACAACUGAAAGUGUUUGUUGCAACAUUAGAAUCUGCAAACUUUUGUGGGUUGAUGCUUUCUAGUGCAAAUGUUAAGAGCAUUGUGUAUUGGUUUCUUGUUUUUGUCCCUUAAUUUCGUCUCUGUAUUCGCUGGUGAGAUUGAAUUUCAUCGAUGUAAUUGUGAUGGUGAUGGUUCUUGGAGCAUUGAGAGCAUAUUUCAAACACAGAAAGUUAGUGAUUUCUUGAUUGCCACUGCAUAUUUCUCGAUUCCACUUGAACUCUUGUACUUUGUCACUUGCACAAAUCUUUUCCCUUUCAAAUGGGUCCUCUUUCAGUUCGGCGCGUUCAUCGUUCUCUGUGGCCUCACUCACUUGCUCAAUGUGUUUACUUACGAGCCCCAUUCGUUCUUGCUUAUGUUGAGCCUCACAAUUUCGAAGUUUUUGACUGCUCUUGUAUCGUUUGCGACCGCGAUCGCGCUCUUGACGUUGAUUCCUCAGCUGUUGAAAGUGAAAGUGCGAGAGAGUUACCUAAUGAACAAGGCUCGGGAUCUUAACCGAGAGGUUGGGAUGAUGAAGAGGCAGGAGGAAGCGAGCUGGCAUGUAAGGAUGCUUACACAAGAGAUACGGAAAUCAAUCGACCGGCAUACUAUCUUGUACACAACUCUAGUAGAGCUUUCAAAGACAUUGGGGCUGCAAAAUUGUGCUGUCUGGAUGCCGAGUGAGGAUAAGAAGGUGAUGAAUCUCACUCAUGAGUUGAGACGGAGGGAUGCUAUGGAAAUUCAUGGAUUCUCAAUUCCGGUUGAUGAUGCUGAUGUGAUUGAAAUUAAAGAAACUGAUGGUGCUAAAAGACUGGAGCAGGAAUCAAAACUUGGAUUGGCUAGUAGUGGAGGUGCUGUUGAACCGGGAGCAGUAGCUGCGAUCAGGAUGCCGAUGCUUAAUGUUUCCAAUUUCAAAGGUGGCACACCGCAAGUAGUCCAGACGAGCUAUGCUAUUCUGGUGUUGGUUCUCCCCAGAGAUGAUUCCCGUGUUUGGAACCGCCAUGAGCUAGACAUCAUCGAGGUGGUUGCUGAUCAGGUAGCUGUCGCUCUCUCUCAUGCUGCGGUUUUGGAGGAGUCUCAGCUGAUGCGAGACCAAUUGGAGGAGCAAAACCGGGCUUUGUUGCAGGCUAAGCAGAAAGCAAUGAUGGCGAGUGAAGCCAGGAACUCAUUCCAACGGGUCAUGAGCCAUGGAAUGAGAAAGCCGAUCCACUCUAUUUUAGGUUUGCUGUCGAUGAUGGAACAAGAAAAUCUUGGUCCUGAACAAAUGCUAAUGAUUAACUCGAUAAGUAAAACCAGUAGUGUUGUGUCGACACUGAUCAAUGAUAUGAUGGAGAUCUCUACUAGCAACCGAGACAGAUUAGCUCUGGAGAUGCAAUCUUUUCAUUUGCAUUCGAUGAUUAAAGAAGCUGUGAGUGCAGCGAGGUGUUUGUGUGACUUGAAGGGUCUUGGUUUUGGCAUUCAGGUAGAGAAUGCAGUGCCUGACAGAGUCAUUGGCGAUGAGAAACGCAUUUUUCAUGUGAUAUUGCAUAUGGUCGGUAAUCUACUAAGCGGGUACAAUGAUGGAUUUGUGGCUUUGAGGAUUUUCAGUGAUACUGAGGUUGACGGUGAGCAGGAUCCGCAACGAAUUGCAUGGAAACCGAACUUUUCUAGUGGAAACAGUUGUGUAAAAUUUGAGAUUGUGAUCAAAGAAUCGCAAAACCAUGGUUCAUCUAGUUCAGAUAACCUUCCUCGGAGAUCCAACAGCGAAGGAUUCGACAUGGGUCUUAGCUUCAACAUGUGCAAGAAAGUGGUGCAGCUGAUGCAGGGGAACAUAUGGUCAAUUCCAAAUUCGAAAGGCCUUGCCGAGAGCAUGACUUUGCUUAUCCAAUUUCAGCUACAACCACCCACUCCAAUCUCCGAUCAUAAUUAUCGGCUUUCUACCCCUCGUUUCAAAGGCCUCCGAGUACUACUCGCUGACGACGAUGCAGUCAACAGAGUUGUGACACAAAAGCUUUUAGAGAAACUCGGUUGUCAGGUGUCGGCUGUGUCUUCCGGCAUACAAUGCCUGAGCUCUCUCGGCAACUGGGGAACAAGUCUCCAGCUUGUCAUUCUCGACCUUCACAUGCCGAACAUGGAUGGCUUCGAAGUGGCAAUGAGAAUACGAAAAUUCAGAAGCCGGUGCUGGCCACUGAUUGUUGCUUUAACGGCCAGCGCCGAGGACGAUGUCUGGGAGAGAUGUUUGCAGGCAGGAAUGAAUGGGCUAAUUCGCAAACCGGUAAAUUUGAAAGCCAUGGGUGAUGAGCUUCUCAGAGUGCUUCAAAACACAUGAAUGAAAUCAGGUUUACUCAUUGUAUGGAAAUUGAGAGAUUUUUUUUUUUUUUGUAAUGAAAGAACCUCAACACAUUUUUAGAACAGAAAUAGUAAAUUUAUUUUGAUUUUAAUGGAA